AUGAAGUUCCUAACGGGGUUGUCUUUCUUAUCUCUUAUUCCUUCUUCGUUUGCGGUCCCUACAGCCAGCCUUCAUCCACGCAGUGAAUUAUUGGCUCACGAGGAACAGCCCUUGCUCAAGCUAAAGCCCCAACGAACUCCCUCCCGAGACCUUGUGAACCUUGAUGGCCUGUGGAAAUUCACCCUGGCUUCCGGUGUCAACGACACAGCCCAACCCUGGACCGCGCCAUUUCCCAGGGGUGCUCUCGAAUGCCCCGUCCCAGCUUCUUACAAUGAUAUUUUCGUCGAUCGGGAUAUCCACGACCACGUGGGAUGGGUUUACUACCAGCGCGAUGUUUUCGUCCCAAAGGGCUGGUCUAAGGAGCAAUAUUUCGUGCGAGCUGAAUCUGCUACCCACCACGGUCGUAUCUAUGUGAAUGACCGUCUGCUCGCCGAGCAUGUGGGCGGUUAUACACCUUUCGAAGCCGAUAUAACCGAGUUUGUCACUGCUGGAGAGAAGUUCCGCUUGACAAUCGGUGUCAACAACGAGCUUACCCAUGAGACGAUUCCACCUGGAAAGAUCGAGAUUGGUGAGGGCACCGGCAAGAGAAUCCAGACCUACAACCAUGACUUCUACAACUAUGCUGGUCUUGCUCGCUCUAUUUGGCUGUACUCUGUGCCUCGUCAACAUAUCCAGGAUAUCACCGUUGUCACUGAUCUUGAAGGUGAAACUGGACUCAUCAACUACAAGCUCAAGUUGGCCAACAACACGACUAGGCAGAUCAAGAUCUCUGUGAUUGAUGAGGAUGGAGUCGUUGUUGCAAAGGGCUCCGGAGCUGAGGGUACCGUCAAGAUCAGCUCAGUCAAGUUGUGGCAACCCGGCGCCGCCUAUCUUUACCAAUUUGUGGCCAACAUUGUGGAUUCCCGCGGCAAGGUGAUUGACACCUACAGCUUAGCCACUGGUGUGCGCACUGUCAAGGUUAGCGGAUCGAAGUUCCUGAUCAACGGCAAGCCCUUCUACUUUACCGGGUUUGGAAGACACGAAGACACCGCAGUCCGCGGCAAAGGACACGACCAAGCAUACAUGGUUCAUGAUUUUCAAUUGAUGAACUGGAUUGGCGCAAACUCUUUCCGUACCUCACACUACCCAUACGCCGAAGAGGUCAUGGACUUUGCAGACCGACACGGAAUUGUCGUGAUCGAUGAAACACCCGCGGUGGGUCUGAACAUUGGUUUGCUGGGUGUAUCUGGAACCGAAGCCCCAAAGACCUUUACCGAGGAUAAUAUGAACAAUAAUACCCAGAAGGCCCACAAGCAAGCCAUUCGCGAACUCAUUAGUCGGGACAAGAACCACGCCAGUGUUGUUAUGUGGUCUAUUGCCAACGAGCCUGCCUCCCAAGAAGAUGGGGCACGCGAAUACUUUGAGCCUUUAGCCAAGUUGACUCGGGAGCUUGAUCCAAGUCGUCCUAUUACAUUUGCCAAUGUCGGCAGCGCAACAUUCGAGACGGAUCUGAUCUCGGACUUGUUUGACGUUGAUUGCCUCAACCGGUAUUUUGGGUGGUAUUCCGAAACAGGAGACCUCGAGGCAGCAGAGGUAGCGCUUGAAAAGGAGCUGCGCGGCUGGGAAAAGAAAUUCAAUAAGCCGAUUAUCAUGACCGAGUACGGCGCUGAUACUAUUGCCGGUCUUCACUCCACUCUUGGUUUGCCUUGGAGUGAGGAGUUCCAGGGAGAUAUGCUCGAUAUGUAUCACCGCGUCUUUGAUCGUGUCGAGGCCAUGGCUGGCGAGCAUGUUUGGAACUUUGCUGAUUUCCAGACGACUUUGGGUACCAGGCGGGUGGAUGGUAAUAAGAAGGGUGUGUUUACCAGGGACCGGAAGCCAAAGAUGGCUGCACAUGGUUUGAAGGCGAGAUGGACAAAUAUGACCACAAGUGGGUAA